GUGAAUUUUAUCUUAAAAAAGCCAUUAAAAAGUUAAGAACCUGUCAUAGGGCCAAAAAUACCAUAAACCAUAUUUAAGAAAAACCCAGACUUGGAGUAGUUAUAUAUAAUGUUUAGAAAAAAUUGGAAAAAAGGUCCAGUGUCUAAAAUAUCCGAAAACAAAAAACUUUUGAAUGUUAAUAAGACAUAGGCAAACAUCCUACUGGUGAAUGGCCAAAGAUUCAGGCAGUUCACCUACAAAGAAUCUAUAUGGCUGAUAAAGAAGUAAAAAGAUACUUUUUUCAGGGAGAUGUAAUUUAAAAUAAUGGUGAGAUACAGUUUCACAUAGAAUAUCAAAUGUUGGCAUGAAUGUUGGGAAAUGGAGCGAGUGCUUUCCUUGCAGGUAGAGGGCUGGGGAGAGGAGUAUAAACUGGGACAGCUUCCUCGGAGAGUCUGACAGUCAGGUUGCAGAUGGGCCUACUGGUGACCUCUUUGUGUUAGAACCACUCUUGUGCCUGCUGAGGUGUCCUUUGUGAGUGACACAGUGGGAAGAACCCGAGAUAACUCAACUAUGAUACAGUUGCAUCGUGUACAGCAGGUAAAACCAGUGGACUGGGUCAACAGAUUAUGUCUCAAAAACAGAAGGUUGAGUCAGCCUUGUGAAAACAGACAGGUACGCAGCCUGGCUUGUUGCAAGUAGUUGCUGUUUGUUCUUAGGUGCUGUUGAUGCGUCUUUUUCUCUCUCAACUUUAAAAGCUGGCACAUAUUAAAAAAAUAGUUUUUAGUAUUGUCGCCUGAUCAUACAUACAAGAACUUAUUACGUGCCUCUGCAGUUCUCGGGGCCAGGAGCCGGGGCUGUAGCAGUGAACAAGAUGGGCAGCGUCUGUGCUCUCAUGGAGUCACGAAAGAGGGAUGAUAAGACUGUAAACUAGUAGAAAUUUAACUGAACAGUGUGAAAGGAAUUGAGGCGGGGUUCUGGGAGAUCGGGGGUGGAGGUAGUCACGGAGGGGCUCUCUGAGGAGCUGCCUACUGAGCAGAGACCUGCUUUUGAAGAAGAGCAAGUAUGUGGAAAUUUAAGGGGGAAGGACUCGAGGCAGAGGUAAAAGCCUUCAGGUAGGAUAUGUUCAAAAAUUCCAAGGAUAAAAUAGGAAUAAGUUUAGCAAAAGGAGUGCAAACAUGUGCUUUGAGAACUGCAAAAUACUGAAAUAAAGAGAACAUAAAUCAGUGGAGAGGCACCCUAGGUUCGGGGACUGGAAGACAAAUACCGUUAAAGACUGAUCUGCAGGUUCAGGUGACUUCCCUGUAGAGACUGAGAGCUGCUCCUGAGAAAGAUGCGUGUGGCCAGCGCCCAGUGAAUGGGGGAGGGAAUGUUGGUGGAGAUGGAGUUAACGAGGCUGGCGGGGCUUCUGGAUCAUGACACCCUUUGGGCCUUGACAGGAAGGCUCAGCUUUAAGCAGGGGAGUGAUGAAAUUCAGUAUUUGUCUCUGCCAGGUGCUGGAACGGGCAGGAGUGUGGUGGUGAACAGGAUGAAACGUGAAUAAAUAGAAUUCCGCUCUUCGGUGGUAGGAAAUGAGAGCACCCUCAGCUUAUUUUUGUACAUGUUGGCAUGUAUUUGUGUCGUGUCACUGACUUACUUACCUGAUUUCUUAAGUAAUGUGGAGGUAGCGAACGUUCCUUAAAGAAUAAUUAAGAAAAUUCCAACCGAAAGAAUGUCUGUCUUUCAAAAUCCUACCAUUUGGAAAUAAUGACAGUUAAUAUUUAGUGUUUGUUUUCCGCCCCUUCUAGUCUUUUUUUGAAUGGAUUUGUGAUCAAACAGUUCUCAAGUUCAAUAACGUGUGACCUCCUCACCCGCCAACCCCAUUAGAGAAACAAGGGAGUCGUUUGUUUUCUUUCGGCAAGUCUGUCAGUGAUGCUGAUGAAUUCCUUCCAGGUGAAGCUGAUCAGAAUAAUGUUCAGCAUCAGCCCCCUGGAGAACCUGAAGCUGUACAUCAGCAGCCGGCCCCCCCUGGUGGUGUUCAUGAUCAGUGUCAGCGCCAUGGCGAUAGCUUUCCUGACCUUGGGCUAUUUCUUCAAAAUCAAGGAGAUCAAGUCACCGGAAAUGGCAGAGGACUGGAAUACUUUUCUCCUGCGGUUUAAUGACUUGGACUUGUGUGUCUCAGAGAAUGAAACAUUAAAGCAUCUCACAAAUGACACCGCAGCUCCAGAAAGCACAGUGACCAGCGGCCAGGCCAGGACGUCCACGCAGUCCCCACAGCCCCUGGAGGAUGCGGGCCCACUGAACAUCUCUGUAGCCAUCACCCUCACCCUGGACCCACUCAAACCCUUCGGCGGGUACUCGCGCAACGUCACCCAUCUGUACUCCACCAUCCUCGGGCAUCAGAUCGGCCUGUCGGGCAGAGAAGCCCAGGAGGAGAUAAACAUUACCUUCACCCUGCCCACAUCCUGGAGCUCGGACGACUGUGCCCUUCACGGGCAUUGUGAGCAGGUGGUGUUCACAGCCUGCAUGACCCUCACAGCUCACCCCGGCGUGUUCCCCGUCACCGUACAGCCGCCGCACUGCGUUCCUGACACCUACAGCAACGCCACGCUCUGGUAUAAGAUCUUCACCACGGCCAGGGAUGCCAACACAAAAUACGCUCAAGACUACAACCCUUUCUGGUGUUACAAGGGGGCCAUUGGAAAAGUCUACCAUGCUUUAAACCCCAAGCUUACAGUUAUUGUUCCAGAUGAUGACCGCUCGUUAAUAAACCUGCACCUCAUGCACACCAGUUACUUCCUCUUUGUGAUGGUGAUAACGAUGUUUUGCUACGCGGUUAUCAAAGGCAGACCCAGCAAACUGCGUCAGAGCAAUCCUGAAUUCUGUCCCGAGAAGGUGGCUCUGGCAGACGCCUAAUCCCACAGCUGCCGUUUUCUGAGAGAGACUGAAAGAACCAUAAUCAUCGCCUGCUGAAGCCAGCCUGGGCCUGGACACUCUGUGAAUACAUUAUCUUGCAAUGUUGGGUUAUUCCAGCCAAAGACAUUUCAAGUGCCUGUAACUGAUUUGUAUAUAUUUAUAAAAGUCCAUUCAGAAAUUGGUCCAGUGAUGCACGUGCUUCGCACUGGGUGCCGCCAGAACCCUUCAGCCUCACCUGUGGACUCGGCAGGAUGGCCCACGCGGCGCCCAAGGACUCUCGACCUCGCUGCCGGAGCAGGCCCUGCUGUCUUUCCCCGGGGCCCGAGGCGUUUCACCGCCGUGGGGGAGGUUACCUUUGGUUCUUGUUCAGCGCGAUCUGUACAGAAUGUUCAAAACAGUCUGCACCUUUGAUAUACUGCAUUUCCAAAGCCACCCCAAUCCAGUUUGUGGAUUUUAUGUGUCUGUGGCUUAAUAAUUACAGUAACAACAAUAACACCUUUUUCCUCUGUUUUGCUUGCAAGGAAACAUACCUUUCUAAGUUUUUUUUUUAAUCCCCCUCUUUUUCCCUUUGAAGAGAAAAUAGUCACAUUUUAAUACUACUCUAGUUAGGAGAGAUUUGUGCUUUUAUCUUGAGUAAAAAGUUAAAUAUUUAAAAGUCACUUACUUGGUAAAGAUCAAAGUUUCAUUUUCCACGUGGACAGCGAGGAGUCUGGUCUUGUUUGACUUGAGCUGGCUCAGAGUGCUCCACUGUCCUUUUUCUUCUCUGCUGUCCCUUACCUCCAAUAUGAAAGUUGAAACAGCUUCCUCACUCCAAAGGGCUUCAAAAAUGAAGUACAGAUGGCUCUAGAGUGAAAACGAGCCAUUCUCUUUUCUGCAAUGCAGAUGACAGGAAAGGAGAGGGUGAUGGUUCCGUCUAAUAUUCAUGAAAGGGUUUCUUGUUUUCUUUGAGGGGGUAGUGGGUUUUUCUUUCCCUGGUGUUUUAUGGGGAGGUAUUUCAUUUUUAUGCAGUUAACAUACUUGGAAGGAAAUGGCAACUUGUAGAUACAACAUUAAGAAAACGUUGGCUGUGAAAUCUGAGGGAAAAUGAUUCUGAUUUGCCAUUUAUCAGGAAAACCAAAAGCAUUUUUUUUCUUACAACAUUCUGAUGAUCUACUUCUUUUCUCCCUUUUUCCUUCCAAGUCAUUUUCAUUUUAAGACGGUUGUGCAUCUUUUCUAGCCCUGUAUCACUUAUGUUAUUACCAUUUUUCUUCACCGCUUUUUGCCUUCCUGACUUAUAGUCAUUAAUGUUUUCUGAGAGUUCUCCCAAGCAGUGACAGAGCAAAAGGGCGGUUACCAGUCUUGGGUGUGACUGCCAGCACUUCUUUCCCUUAACUCCAGGUCUGUAGUCAGUUCUAAAUUAGAACCAGCCCUGCAGUCUGAAAUAUAUUGGCCUAGAACAUUUUAUCCCAAGUUGUUUUUUUUUUUUUUUUUUUUAUCCCAGGCAUUCUUGAAUGGAACACAUUUGUGGGCUUUUACUGAAGGUUAUUAAAAUAAUCAUCAUAGUAACUUGAUAUGUUAAUACUUAUUUUUCCUUUUAGUACAUUUCAAGCACAAUAAUCAGACUUGUGUAUCCGUUUUUUUAAUGAUAUGAGUUGCUUACCUGAUGCAUAGCUCACCAGUUAAUUUAGUUUUCUCUUUAGAGACUUUGAGACUUACAAGAUGAGAUUGAGAAAAAGCCAUUUGCUUGGCCUUUAGAAACAUCAGUAUCAUUAAGACCAACAGACUUUAGAUGAAGCUGCUACUGAAUUAAUAAAAUCCCAAGGAAGUAGAGUUACAGGAAUAGAUUAUUAACUGGCAGAGUAAUAUAAAAGGAAGACAGGUGAAAAAAGUCAGUUUCACUGGUUCGUUGGGUCCAGCUUGUUGCUAAUAUUAAUGACCCUUAUGUUAAUUACAGGGACUGGCUGGCAUCCGCUGGUAGGGGAGGAGGGACUCUGUUAGGCACAAGGAAGGGAAGUGCCAAAAAUGCCUGGACAGUAUGACUUGUCACGAGGCCAGGACAGAAACACACUUUAAAACCCAGCAUUCUCCCCUUGCAGGUGAUCUCAGAUCUUACAGAAACCCAGUCAGGUGUACAAAGGCAGGCUGGGGAUGCCAGGGGUGCUGGGUCCACCGACCCCCAGCAAGUCCAGAGGACCCGUUACUAUCCAGGCACGGACAGACAAGGUCCUGUCCUCCACUGUCUCUCACUGGGAGGGCGGGGGACCUCAGGAUGAGAAGAGGGUCGUAGACAGGGCCUGUCUCCCCUCCAGGGGGCGACCCCGUGCAGAAGCACUGGCCCGUCCUCAGGCAUCUUGGACUGGAGUCCAACAAAAGGUCAGCAACUUACUAUUAAAACAGUUGUUUCAGAUCAUAUUGAUCUCUUUCCCUUUUCCUUUUGUCCUUUCACUGUAUGACUUGAAUCAGUUUUGAUUCUAUUUGUAAGUUUUUCUCGUCAUUAGGAACCUGCCACUUGUGUUGCGUUCUCUUGGGCAGUGUAUUGGGGUUCAGCCUCCUGGUUUUUCACCCUCCUGCAGGCACCGUGGGGUUCCGAGGGCCAGCGGGUCCGUGUCACUCACCCUGCUGCAUGAUGGUUGGUAGCCGAUCUGUCCGGCAUUCACUCCCAGGUUAAUUUUCUGUGUUGAAACUCUGUGCACAUGUGCUUUCCAGAAUAAAACGUCUGAAUUUA